AUGAGCGAUUCAGCUCCCACUGAAGGCUGUCUGAGGAGAACCAUAUUUGCGAUCUUUUCUCAAGAGAGAGCUCUGGGUUUGAGUCUCGAAAAUGAUCUGCACCCGUUGUAUCAGCUGUUCAACUUCAGAGCAAGUGCUCUGACACACGAUACGACCGGAGAGGAUGAUAAUGAGCCAUUCCUCGACAUGCGAGUGCAUGAAAGGAUGCUUCCUGCGUUUCGUCUUGCAACACACCUGAUCGACUUCAGCCUCCCGUUCUACGCCAAGGUCUUCUGUGCGGACCUCGUCUUUAAUGGCGACCGUUACGCCUUCGACCUCGCUUACAACAGUACGGACGAGGAUAUUCGACGCGUCAGGGCUCUUCUCGUGGAGUGGGCAGGCAGAACGCGUUUCUACUGCCGAACUCCGUUCAACCCAUCUUCGACAGAUGAGGCGACAACAGAGGUGAGGACUGCAGGAGGUCAAUUUCCGACUCCGGCACGCACACUCACCAAUAUCAACGUAAACACCAUCGAGUUCUUCAGCCAGGAGAACUACGACGCGAUCGAUGCCGAAACCAAGACGGCUCGGCUGGUACAGUUGGCCUUUGUUCUAGUUCACGAGCAGGCGCACGCGGUUUUCCACCAUAGGUGGGCCGAGGACGCGUCGAUGAGUGAAAGCAGCCGAGCUUUCAUAUCCCGUGUCAGUCCGAUAGAGCCUUUGUACCAUGUACACAUCGACCCUCGCUAUCAUGAGUUUGGUUUCGCCCUGCAGGCAUGGAUACACGGUGGUAGUGUUCUCAACAGAGGCAAAGACCUGGUAUUUGUUCGCUAUCCCGGUGACGUGUUGGGUGAGAGCACUGUUGCGCAGCGGUACACCUUCCGUAGUAUCUUAUUCAAUCCCGCGUUCUGGCGGGUUGUGCAAAAUGCUCCGAGGCCAUCGACGUGGUGGGACGGCGAUGAUCUUCCUCUGGGAUGGCUCGGUCAGGCUAUGGGGGAAUUUGCGUCUUAA